AGCAAACCAUCUAACUGUUAAAAACAAUGACUGCGGUAACCGAACAUACUGAAAUGGCACACUUCUUUUAGGCCUAUCCAAGUUCUCUUGGUAACGAAUCAAGGUCAACAUAAAUUGUUGCAUGGCCAAGUAUGACUCUUCACGUCUGUGUUAUCCACUCUGCUUGGUCAGUCCAGAAACUGUCACUUGUGGAUACACUUUCUAGUCGUAGACUCGACUGAUGGCCGGCGAGGCAGUAUUAGAAAAUCUGAAGUCAUCAUUAUGCGGACGGGGAUUGUAAAUUUCCCUAGUGACUCUUGCCAGGAGUAUUAUCAAAGUUGAACCUUUCGACUGUGGAGAUUGAAAACAAACGGAUAUCACGCACUCGAAGUGUUCAGUCAAGUUGUGUGCAACAUUCACUAUUGCUCCUCAGAAGGGACGUUUUUCAGUAGGCAUAAUGUUUAGUUGAUGACUUUUCUCCGGAUCGUUUAGGAGAUAUUUCGAUACCUUCUGCUUCCGUUCAUCUAUGAAAACUUGAUCUUGUCCAUACCAACGAUCGCACCACGAACAAACACAUCCCGUGCUUAUAGUUAAGAUGAGACGAAAUUACUUCCGCCACUGCGCCACAUUCUGGGAACUUGUGUUAUCUCACUCAGAGAGAUGAGCACUGACAACUUCCUAAGAGUUGAUUUGACCGCAGCCUGACAAAACAAAGAUGACGAAUUUUUGACAUUUUAACCUCAUUGCACCUGUCAUAUUCAACGUCACGCACCGGCAAUCCCCCGAUUGGUCCCACGUCAUCAUUGGAUAUUUGUUGCUUCACCGAAUUUCCGUUUUGAUCACAAACAACUACAACUGGCGUUUACGGGGACUUGCAGUCACUGGAAACUCGGUUAUGAGUCCCGGGUGUGAAUAUAUCAGUAAUGUGGAUUGAAAAUCUGACUUGAAUGAACCAAAUCAUUUCUAUUGUCGUUUCUGCCAUUUCUGAGGAUAAAUUGAGACGGGCAACGUUCCCUCUUAUCGAUACUGACUCUUGACAUCAUGGUUCAAUCAGGAUACGUAGUUGUGCUUCUGUUGGUUGCAGUUACCGCCAUUUCCGCCAUCUCGUUCCGGAAGGAACCGACCCGAAAGACCGUUGUUAUUGGCCGGGCGGUUACCUUGCGAUGCCAAGUCAAGAACCAAACUGGUAUAGGUGUCUUUUGGCAGAACGUUCUAACAGGUGAAUACCUGAGCAGGGACAGUGUGAUUGAUCCGUUCAAUAGACUCAGUGACUCCAUCCGAUGGAGGUAUCGAAUCGUUGGUAACUCCAGUAAGGGAGAAUACAACCUCAUGAUUCGAAGAGCCUUCUUGACCGAUGACUCCUACUUCUCAUGCGCCUACUUCACAGACGGCGGUAAUGCAGCGUUUUACUCUCGGGUAGCGCGGAUCAAGGUAAUUAAACCUCCGGAUAAAGGCUUCCCGCUGUGCCUUAUGGGUCCGAAGUUACAGAUGGAGGUGGGUGAUAACAUCACCUUGGUGUGUGAGUCUAGAGGCGGGAGACCUCCUUCCACGCUGACAUGGAUACGAGGCAAGAGGAUUCUACAAUCUGCUUUUAUACCACACGCUGCCCGUACGGUGGUCGGUUACAAACAUACCCUGACUGAAGCUGACCGGAACGUGAGAUUCACCUGUGUGGCACGGAACCAAGCCCUGCCUCAACCCCGAUCUUGCUACGUCAUUCCUCUCCGGAGCCGCAUCGAAGUCAUCAUCCGCCCGAUUGUGACUUGGGUUAAGCUUGGAUAUAGCGUCAGCUUCAAUUGCAUCUCGGAGAACGUGCCCAAUUUGGAAUACCAGUGGACCGUGAAUGGUAACCUGCUUACCAAAUCGACUCCCAAGUACAGACUUCAAAGGAAUGGCGCCAAACUGAGAAUCGUCAACGCCACUUUGAAGGAUGAAGCUUCAGUCCUUAUUUGCCGCGUGGAGCAGAAACUAUUAGGAUACAGUGAUCGUGCUGUGGCGCAACUUUGGAUCCAAGAGGAAAUUCAGCCCAACAUUACCAGCGCGCCGAUUACAACUCCGGCAGUCAUCACUUCUGGGCCGGUCACAGAAUCCCAUUCAAGUCCCAGUGAAAUCAUUAAAGAGGCUCCAACAGAUUACUAUAGUGGAUUUAUGGAGGAAGUGUCCAGUGACCCUUCAGAUAUUGGCAGUGGGAUGCCACCUUACCAAUCAAUAACUUCCACCAUAAUGGCCACUACUGAAGAAAUAACACCAACUGACGAAGGGUGGCCACUACCCACAACGACAGAUACCAUGGCUGACAAAACUGACCCAAUAAGAUUGAUUGAAACGCCUCCGAUAACUGCAACCAAACCAGUAACCAUGACCCAGCCGAUUACCAAAACUGAACCUGAUACCACUACAAUGUCGGUUACCACAUCCACUGUUAGCACCGAGCCGAUAAUCCAAAACACUGAACAUAUCACUACCCAGCCGAUUACCACGACUGAACCGGCUCCUAUCAAGCCGGUUCUCGCAAAAGAAGCUGUUACUACCCAGCCAGUUACCGAAAUUAAACCUCUUAACACACCACAGGUUACUUCAACUGAGCCCCUUACUUCCAAUCCGAUGGUCUCAAAGGAACUUGUUAAUACCAAGUCGAUAACCACUACUGGAGCUGUUACUACCCAGCUGGUCACCGAAACUGCCAGUGAACCCGUUAGGACCCAGAUGGUCAAUGACCCUGAACCUGUUACUAAGCAUUCGGUUACCACAAUUGAGCCUGUUACUACCUGGCCGCUUAUCAAAACUGAACCCGUUGCUACCCCACCGAUUUCCGUAUCUAAUCUAGUCACCAACAAGUCGUUUCUCCCAACCGGACCUGUUAUUCCCCAGCUCAUCACCACCAUUGAAUCAGGUACUUCCCAACCGCUCACCACUACCAAGCCGAUUACCAAUACUGAACCCGUGAAUUCCCAACUAGUUACAAAAACUGAAACUAGUGCAGAGUCGAUGACCACAGUUAGACCUGUUAGCACCCAGCCGGUUACCAAAACCGAAUUGGUGCCUACAAAGCCAGUUACCAUAAUUGAGCCUCAUAUUACCCCGCCAAUUAGCCAGACUAAAUCCAAUACUAUCCAACCGGUUACGAGUCCAACUUUUACCACUAAGUCAAUUACAGCAAAAACAGAACAUAUUACAAGCCAUCAGCCGAUUACCAGAAUUGAACCUGAAGCAAUCCAAACGGUUACUUCAAACAAACCGGUAUCUAUGCAGCCGAUUAUUGCGACUGAACCAGUUACCACCCAGCUCGGUACCCCUACUGAACCAAUUCUUACCGAACAGUUUACCGCAUUUACACCAGUUACGACACAGCCGGUUUCCAAACUUGAACCUGCUAUGACCGAGCUGACAACUACAUCAAAUACAACUCAGCUACUUCCCAAGACUGAACCAGUUACCACCCAGCUGGGUACCACAACCGAACGAGUUCCUAUCAAAAUAUCCGCAUCUGAAUCAGUUACUUCACAGCCUGUUUCCAAACUUGAACCUAUUAUGACCCAGCUGACAACUAAACCAGUUACUAUUCAGAGGUCUGAAGCAACUGAAUCAAUUACAUCUCAGCUGGUUACCAAAACUGAACCAGUUACCACCCAGCUGGGUACCACAACCGAACCUGUUCCUACCAAACUAAUUACCGCAUCUGAAUCAGUUACUUCACAGCCUGUUACCACACUUGAACCUGGUAUGACGCAGCCGACGUCUGACCCUGUUACUACGCAGCGGUCCGCAACAACUGAAUUAGUAACAACCCAGCUUGUUACCAAUACUAACUCAGUUCCCAUCAACCCGAUUACAACAUCUGGAGCAGUAACUAACCAGUCGGUUACCACACCUGAACCAAUAACUACCACACAGGUUGCCACAUCUGAACCAGCUACCACCCAGACUGUUUCCUUAACUGAACCAGUAACUACACAGCCGGUUUCCACAGCUGAACUUGAUUCUACUCAGUAUAAUAUCACAACUGAAGCCGCUACUUCUCGGGCUCUUUCAGCGUCUAAUCCGGUCACAACCGUCCUACCGACUACCAAAACCAAACUGGCUUCUUCAACCGAACCGAUAACCACAACCAAUCUUGUUUCAUCCACCCUCCCGAUUACCACAAACAAUCCAGUUAGCACAACACAACUGAUAUCCACGAGCCACACGAUUACCACAGCUGAUCGCUUAACCACAGUCAAACCAACCACGACGCAAGUAACAACUUCCCCCAAACCAGCAACAACGACAGAAACGUUGACAACCAACAAGGAGUCACUGACUACCAACUGGCUCCCGCAGUCACCAUUGACAUCGAGCGAUCCAAUGACAAGCAAGUUUUCAACAAUAACUGUAGAGCCAUCAAAUAACAUCAUUCCUAUUGUGUCUAGUCUGCCAAAGCCCAACAAUGAUGACUGGAAUAACCUUGUGCCCGAUUUUAAUCUCGAUAAGCAGAUAGCGAAUGACCAACCUGAUGUGGGUAGAUUCAGGGUGGGCACCCUCCAUCAUCAAAGAGGUGACGUACCGCAGGAAACGCCCACAACACCAUUCAAACAACCACCGAGAGAGGGACCAACAGUCAUGGGGCCUAAAGUGCCUCCGCGCCCCACGACGAAGCUCGCAGCGACCCGCUCUACCCCACUUUCCUCGGACCCACCGACUCCCACCACCGUGUCCGGAGGAAAAAGUAAAGUCGGAUUGGCAGCCGGCUUGAGCGUCAUGUUCAUUGGACUGCUGCUCGCACUGGUUGGAAUGGCCGUCUACUACAUCAAGUUCAAAGAUCUCAAGAACGUUAACUUUUUACGAGUACCAUACAAACAACCAUCAGCCGACAUGAUGCAAUCAGCAUACGGACUGAUGAUGUUAGUGUUGAGUUUUGUGGCGAGAGCACAUGGCAUCUCAUUCCGGGUCGAGCCGAGUCCGCAGACCAUCGUCCUCGGACAGACAAUGACUGUGCGGUGCCAAGUCGAUAAUCAGGACAGCAUCAAUGUGUACUGGCAGAACGUGGGUACUGGAGAGUACCUGAGCAGAGACCGUAAAAUCGACCCAUUCGAUCGCCUCAGCAAGUCCGUCAAGCGAAGGUACCGUAUCGUGGGUGAUUCAGGCUCGGGGGAGUAUAACCUGAUGAUCCGUCGCGUAUCAAUGGUGGACGGGUCUGAGUACAGGUGCCUCUACUUCACCGAUAUGGCUCACUUCUCGCAGGUAGCUCACAUCCGGGUCUUGAAACCACCAGAUAAAGGAUUCCCAUCUUGUCUUCUGGGUCCCAGUUUGCACAUGGAUGUUGGGGACAACAUCACCUUGAUCUGUGAAUCUAUGGGCGGAGAUCCACCUGCCACACUGACAUGGAUAAGAGGCAAGGAGAUCCUAGAUUCGACCUUCAUAUCGCACGCAACUCGUAGAGUUGCUGGGUACGAGCACACCUUGACGGAAUCUGACCGGAACGUGAGAUUCACCUGCGUGGCACGGAACCAAGCCCUGGCCCAACCCCGAUCUUGCUACGUCAUUCCUCUACGGAGUCGCAUCGAAGUCAUCCUCCGUCCAGUGGUCACCACCAUCUACCUUGGUGACAGCAUCAGCUUCAAUUGCAUCUCAGAGAACGUGCCUCACUUGCAGUACCAUUGGACUGUGAAUGGUAACCCGAUUACCGAAUCGACGCCCAAAUACAAUCUCCUCAAGAGUAAUAUGAGAUUGAGAGUCGUCAACGCCACUUUGGAGGACGAUGCUUCUGUCGUCAUCUGUCGAGUCCAGCAGGACGAGUUAGGUCUUGGAGACCAUGCAGAAGGGCAUCUCUACAUUCGGAAAGUGGAGGAUAACGUGUUUACCAACGCGAUGCUGACGACCGUACCACUGACGACGACUCCGAUGAUGACCACUUCUGAGGUAAAGUUGACCACUAACCCGAUUACUACAACUACACCGGUUACUACGGCUCAACCGGUUACCACCACUGAACAGAUAACCACCACACUCGGGACCACGACUGCACCUCCUACAACGACGACACCGGUUACAACACAAAUGAUAACCACCACCAAACCAAUUACUACAACUGAACCGGUUACCACAUCCCAACCUAUUACCACAACUAAACCAAUUACAACGACCCAGCAGAUAACCACGACCGAACCGGUUACAACGACACAACCGAUUACCACAACUGAAUCGUUAACCACACCCGAACUCAUCACAACGAAGCGGGUUACCACCACGAAACCGGCAACAACUGAAACGCAGACUACCAGCGAGUGGUACACACCGACCACCCCCAAACCCCCACCCCCACCAUCUACCAAUCAACCAAAUGUCAUCGUUGGCGAGAACGAACUGAUACCAACUAAGAUACCAACUGAGCCACAACCCGAGAAUGUGAUCCCUGGCAUGCCCGGCACGGAGAAGCCCACUAUUGUUGACGAUUGGGAUAACAAUUUAUCCGGACUUUUGGAAAGAGCGAUUGCCCGACCCAACUCCAAGGGGAAGCCGGCAAUCCCAAGUCUUCAACCUCCUCCCGAGAGAGGGGAUAUUCCCCAGUUCCCCAUCACACGUCGCCCACCAACUACCACCGCCGCCAUCACCACUAUGAAAACUGAUAAAACUCCAGUCACACAGGCAGUCACACAGGCAGUCACACAGGCCUCCUGGAAAGAGAACGCCAUCUUGCAAGACACACCAACUCCACCUAGGCCACAUACAGAGCGACCAACCAACAAACCAACUAAAGCUCCGACAACUCCCACUACGCAGCCCGCUCCAACGACGACCAUUCAAGCAACCACUGUGCAAUCAGCUACCAAUUCAUCGGUUAAACCCACCCUCAUCAAGGCACGACCGCCUCAGACGAAAGUCGUUGAAAGCAGCAACGCCGGUGUUGCAGCUGGAUUGAGCGUCACGUUCAUACUUCUCGCCAUUGUUGGAGUAGGAUUAGCAGUCUACUUCUUUAAGUUCAGGAAAGCACCAUCAACACCACCGCCACAGAAAUGAGAGAAGAGUUGAUUAUUGUGCAGAUACAGAAACAAAGAUGUGUAAAAUAGCAUAGCGAUGGACAGUCGGAGUCAUGCGAAGUAAACUAAUCGGUUCUAAAAAAAAUAGGGAUUUUUUGUUUUUAGAACCAAUAGGUUACAAAAUUGGGUACAACCGGGUUCUUUCACCUCAUAUUGUUCAAAUCGCCGUGCAUUAUAAGCGGGCGUUUCUGUCAUUUUUGGAAAAAAAAAAUAUUUAGCCCGAGCCUGACGAUUGCAAGAAACUUACGUCUUCCGUCAUUAUGAUUAAUGGAAUUUGACAUUUUAAAUCAAGUUAUUCGUUCUGGCUUAUCUUAUAAUUGUAUAAUUUGAAGGAAAUUCUAAUUCAUGUUUUACGACGAGGCAAAAGAACAUGUCUUAACGGGUAAAGAUUAAGCCUGCCCUUGAAACGGACAUUAUCGCAGGAGAAGUUCUUGGUGGAAAUUAUAACCGCGUCAGAUGACUCAGUAUUAUUUCUAACCCAAGCGAGUCUCGGUCUAGCUUGGUGAUGAGUCAUCUAUGUCCGUCCGAUGGACUUACUUGAAGAUCUACUCAAGAUGAGGGGCAUAAGUUAGCAGCAAAUAUUCCUAAGAAAAUUGCUCACUAGCUCAAAAAGAAACGUGUUAAAAAGCUUAAUACUACGGAAAUUUGUUACUUACUGUAAGACCCAUCACAGCUGAUCUUUUUGUGGAUUAUGGUAAAGGUCUUCAAAUUGAAGAAUUUGUUCCAGAUAAGGACGGUGAUAGUUGCUAUUUGGGAAAGUUUAUAAUUUUUUUUUUGGGGGGGGGUAGUACGUGAUCAGUUAGCUUAACAUGUUAAUUUUGUUAGAUGUCUAAUAUACAAAUGUGUUUCAGGUAUUUUAUCGAACGAAAUCACAUCCCGUAAUUUACUAAAGGAACUAUGGUAAAGAAGUGAACCAUUCUUCUGAACGGAAUGGCUGACGGGCGUUUCCAAGCAACCGUUGAAGCAAAGACAGAACAGCUUUUCCUUCCACCAUCUCAAUAUCAACACUUAAAGAGGAUGCGAAAGUAGGCAGAUAGGAUCCCCAGGGCUCAAAGACACGGAAAGGGGAACCAGACAGUAAUUUGGGUUGCCUCUCUGGGCUAAAGGCCAAAUUCUCCAGGUUGUCGGUAAUAGACUGGGUUCUGAAUUGAAUCAUCGUGUUCCGUAAAGUGAUAGGUGUAGGCGAACACGCCCCUGGAAAAACAUAUGGGAACUUUUGUGGAUGAUUUUUGGGCCAGUGUGAUCUUUUCCAUUUCAUUUUUUUUUAGUGCACACACAGAUUAUUUGCUAAAAGAAGAGCUUUCCUAAGCCAGCCAUUGAGCUACGAAAUUUGAAGAACCUAUCAAUAUUUUUAAAAUAUUAUUUUUUUAUCAGGGACUCGCAAACUUUAGUUGUUUUCUCUAUUGGCCUAUAAUUGUAUGUAAUCUAAAAUAUUAAAUUUGUUUUUCUCAGUUUUCCUCUUUACAGUAGAUGGUAAAAUUAUGAUAUUGUAUAAAUAGUUGUAAAUAUUUAUCGAGCUUUUGAAUAAAUAAUCAGAAAUCGUCUUUAGCUGAUGAUCGCUUAGGUAUCUGAAAAGUGUUGGGAGUGGAAAUUGUUUUGCUGGAGACUGUUUCAGAAGAGCAUUCGGUAGAAUGAUCAAAUGUUUGUGAAAAAACAAGGAAGGUGUUUUAAAAGGUGCUUUUUAAAUAGCAACAUCAAUGAACAUUGCGCAUGAUGUGUGCUGUGUAUUCCAGCUGAAAAUUUGCAACUUUUUAAAGUUUUUUAUUAUAAAAUUUUCGGCAUUAAAGCCGAUUUUAUGGUAGUGGUUUUCGAUUACCGUUUUAUGCGAAUUGUCACUUUCUUAAAAGCUGUAAAAACAAAUUCUUACUCAAUUUAUUGGCCAUGUUUAUUAAACAAAU